AUGGAGGAGGAGAAGAGGGAAAAGGAGGCGUGUCAGAGAGAGAGGGAGGCGCUGAGUGAGGAGCUGGGGGCGAGAGACGGGGAGGUGGAGGCGCAGAGGAGGCGCAUUGAGGGACUGAUGGGGGAGGAGGGAGAGAGAGAGAGGGAGGUGAGGAGGCUCCAGGAGGAGGUGGAGAAAACAGACAAGGAGAAAAAGGAGGAGAUUAAAAUACUAAAGGAGGAGCUGCGAGAGCAAGAGAAGGAGGUGCAGCAACUCAAAGAAGAAGCAAAGAGAACAGAGGAGGAGGUGCAGAGACUCAAAGAAGAAGCAAAGAGAACAGAGGAGGAGGUGCAGCGACUCAAAGAAGAAGCAAAGAGAACAGAGGAGGAGGUGCAGCGACUCAAAGAAGAAGCAAAGAGAACAGAGGAGGAGGUGAAAAAAGAGAUGGAGGAGAAUCAGAGACUAAAGGAGGAGGUGCAGCUGCUGAGGGUGAGGCUGAACGCUGCAGAGGAGGAGAGGGAGGAGGUGAGGGAGGAGGUGCAGACAUUAGAGAAGGAGAAGGAGGAGGAGAUUUACAGACUCAGAAACGAAACCUCCAAACUGAAGGAGAAGAGGAGAGAGGAGGAGGAGGAGAGGAGAGAGGAGGAGGAGGUGAAGAGGAGGAGAGCCGAGGAGGAGGUGCAGGCACUCUGUGACCGGAUAGAGAGAUUAGAAAAGGACAAGGAGGAGAUUCAAAUACUGAAGGAGGAGGUUAGGAGGAGAGAGGAGGAGGUGCACAGCCUACUAAAGGAGAAGGAUGUGCUGUGUGACCAGAUAGAGAGACUAGAGAGAGAGAAGGAGGAGGAGGAGGAGGUGCACAGACUAAAGGAGGAGGUGAUUAAAGGACUCGGAAGAGAAGCCUCCAAACUGAAGGAGAAACUGAGAGAGGAGGUGCAGAGAUUAGAAAAUGAGAAGGGGGAGGAGGUGAACAGACUAAAGGAGGCCAAGAUAAAGGAGGUCAGGAGGAGAGAGGAGGAGGUGAAGACAUUAGAGGAGGAGAUUAACAGAGUCAGAAAAGAGGCCUCCAAACUGAAGGAGGUGAGGAGAGAGGAGGAGGAGGAGAAGGAGGCGCUGUGUGACCGGAUAGAGAGACUAGAAAAGGAGAGGGAGGUCAGGGAGAAGGAGGUGCAGAGGCUGAUGGAGGAGGUGGGGGAGAGACAAAGGGAGGUGCAGAGAGAGAAGGAGGUGCAGAGGCUGAUGGAGGAGGUGGGGGAGAGACAAAGGGAGGUGCAGAGAGAGAAGGGAUUAGAAAAGGAGGAGGUAAUUAAAAGACUAAAGGAGGCGCUACGAGGGGAAGAGGAGGAGGUGCAUAGACUCACAGGAAGAGCAAAAAGAGCUGAGGAGGAGGUGCAGAGAUUAGAAAAGGAGAGGGAGGAGGAGGUGGAGAGAGUCAGAAAAGAUGCCCUCAAACUGAAGGAGGAGAAGGAGGAGGCGCUGUGUGACCGGAUGGAGAAACUAGAAAAGGAGAAGGAGGAGGUGCAGCAAUCAGGGAGAGCUGAAGAGGAAGAGGUUAAAAUACUAAAGAAGGAGGUGCAGAGGCUGAUGGAGGAGGUGGGGGAGAGAGAAAGGGAGGUGCAGCUGCUGAGGGUGAGGCUGAAUGUGGCGGAGGAGGAGGUGCAGGAGGUGAGAGAGGAGGUGCAGAGGAGGGAGAGCAGCCUGGAGAGACAGAUGAGUGCUGUAAGGGAGAGAGAGGAGGAGGUGCAGCAGCUGAGGGGGAGGCUGAGGGAGGCCCAAGAGAGAAAGGAGGUGAUGGAGAGGGAGAGGGAGGAGGUGAAGGAGCAACUGAAGCAGAAGGAGGUGAAGGAGGAGCUGCUGGAGGAGGUGCUGAGGGAGACGAGGGAGAACCUGGAGGGAGAGAGGAGGGAGGGGGAAGAGAAGGAGGUCAGGAUCUCCUCUCACGUGAAGGAGCUGCAGGAGGCGCGAGAGGAGAGGGAGGGAGAGAGGAGGAGAGCCAGAGAGGGGGAGGAGGUGAGGGAGAGGCUGGAGGAGGAGGUGCAGGACUGGAGGGGGGAGAUGGAGAGGGAGGAGGAGAGGAGGAGGAGGCUGCAGGAGAGAGUCAAGGAGGUGGAGGAGGAGAGAAAAAGACUGGAAGAGGAGGUGCAGGUGCAAAGAGAGGAGCUGAAGAGGGUGGAAAACAAACUGAGGGAGUGGGAGGAGGAGAGGAAGGAAGACGAGGAGGUGCUGAGGAGGGUGAGGGAGGAGAAGGGAGGGUUGUUGGAAGAGCUGAAGAGAAGGGAGGAGGAGAGGAAGGGAGAUGAGGAGGUGCUGAGGAGGGUGAGGGAGGAGAAGGGAGGGUUGUUGGAAGAGCUGAAGAGAAGGGAGGAGGAGAGGAAGGGAGACGAGGAGGUGCUGAGGAGGGUGAGGGAGGAGAAGGGAGGGUUGUUGGAAGAGCUGAAGAGAAGGGAGGAGGAGAGGAAGGGAGACGAGGAGGUGCUGAGGAGGGUGAGGGAGGAGAAGGGAGGGUUGUUGGAAGAGCUGAAGAGAAGGGAGGAGGAGAGGAAGGGAGACGAGGAGGUGCUGAGGAGGGUGAGGGAGGAGAAGGGAGGGUUGUUGGAAGAGCUGAAGAGAAGGGAGGAGGACCUGAAGUCUCUCAGAGAGGAGGUGCAGAAGGAGCAGAGGAAGAGGGAAGAGAUCCAAACUCAGGUCUCAGGUGUGAGCAGCAGGAGGGAUGGAGCUCUAAAGGAGGUGAACCAGAUGAAGCUCCUGCUGCAGCGUCUCAGCGAGCAGAACCAGGAGGAGGUGCAGCGUCUCACGAUGAAGAACCAGGAGGAGGUGCAGCGUCUCACGAUGAAGAACCAGGAGGAGGUGCAGCGUCUCAUGGAGAAGAACCUGCAGGAGAACCAGGAGGAGGUGCAGCGUCUCACGAUGAAGAACCAGGAGGAGGUGCAACGUCUCAAGAAGAAGAACCUGCAGGAGAACAAGGAGGAGGUGCAACGCCUCAUAGAGAAGAACCUGCAGGAGAAACAGGAGGGAAUGCAGCGUCUCAUAGAGAAGAACCUGCAAGAGAACCAGGAGGAGGUGCAACGCCUCAUAGAGAAGAACCUGCAAGAGAACCAGGAGGAGGUGCAACGCCUCAUAGAGAAGAACCUGCAAGAGAACCAGGAGGAGGUGCAACGCCUCAUAGAGAAGAACCUGCAAGAGAACCAGGAGGAGGUGCAACGUCUCAAGGAGGAGAACCAGGAGGAGGUGCAACGCCUCAUAGAGAAGAACCUGCAAGAGAACCAGGAGGAGGUGCAACGUCUCAAGGAGGAGAACCAGGAGGAGGUGCAACAUCUCAAGGAGGAGAACCAGGAGGAGGUGCAACGUCUCAAGGAGGAGAACCAGGAGGAGGUGCAGCGUCUCAUAGAGAAGAACCUGCAGGAGAACCAGGAGGAGGUGCAACGUCUCAAGGAGGAGAACCAGGAGGAGGUGCAGCGUCUCAAGGAGGAGAACCUGCAGGAGAACCAGGAGGAGGUGCAGCGUCUCACGAUGAAGAACCAGGAGGAGGUGCAGCGUCUCAAGGAGGAGAACCUGGAGGAGGUGCAGCGUCUCAAGGAGGAGAAACAGGAGGAGGUGCAGCGUCUCAAGGAGGAGAACCUGGAGGAGGUGCAGCGUCUCACGAUGAAGAACCAGGAGGAGGUGCAGCGUCUCACGAUGAAGAACCAGGAGGAGGUGCAGCAUCUCAAGGAGGAGAACCAGGAGGAGGUGCAGCGUCUCAAGGAGGAGCUGAGAGUCAAAGACCUUGAGACGAGGAGAAGGGAGAUGAUGGAGGAGAAGGAGGAGGCCGAUGAGAGGAGGAGGAGCAGGGGGGGAGGAGGAGAGAGGAGGAGAGGUGAAGCUGUCGAGAGGAGUCCAGACGAGCAGCAGGAGGAGAAGGGAGAGAAGGAGGAGAAGGAGGAGACCAGGAGGCUGCUGAGGGAGAGAGAAGCUCAGCUGUUCUCUCUCACUCAGAGCUCAGAGGAGCUGAGGAGAGACAGAGAUCGCGUCCGAUUGGCUCUGGAGAGAACAGAGGCAGCUAUGAUUGGCUACAGGGAGAGAGCCCACCAAUGGGGAACACAGCAGAGGGAGGGGGGCAGGCUGGAGGUGCUGCAGCGGCUCGUUGCUGAACUGGAGCUGGAACAGAAACGACUGAAGAAGAAAAACCUUCAUCUGGAAACUCAGAGAGAAAAACUGAGAGGAGACAAACACACACUGAGAGACACACUGAGACAGGUGGAGGCGGAGCGUUGGAAGUUCAGACAGCAGCUGACUGACAGCAGCAGAUCUCAGCAGUCUGCAGACACCACAGAAGAAGAGCGUCUGAGGAUCAGAGUGCUGGAGCUGGAGGAACAGGUGACUCAGCUCCGCCUCUCAUUGGCUGCAGGCCGGCAGCAGAGGGCGGAGUUUAUCCAGCAGUCCUCCAGGAACAGCCAAUGGCUGCUCUCGCUGAGGAGCGACCUCAGCGACUCGCUGGCUGCCGUCAAGCGUCAACCAAUCCCGUCCGUCCUGGAGUCCGAGACGCAGCGAUUGGACCGCAGCCUGCGGGAGGAGGAGCUUAAGCUGUCCCUCAGCCAAUCGUAACGCCUGGAAGACUUAAAGCUUUUGAACCAAAGACAAUCUGCUGCGUUCAGGGACCUCCAGCUGCUGUUAGUGUGAGCUGUCAAUCAAACUCAGGUGGUCCCGCCCCCUUCAGCCACACAAACAGUGAAGACAAAAACAUUCCAUAUUCGUUUAAUAAACAACGACUUAAACCCACUGAAGCCUCAGAAUAAGGGCUUUAGUGGGUUUAAAUAUAUAUGAGUGCAGAUGUUGAUAUGGUCCCAG